GGAUCGUAAACACACUGCUGGAGUAGCUGGUAGUAGGUUGUUUCCGAAGCGAGUCAUUCGGCUGAAAACAUCUUGAAUUGAGAGUUUACAAUUAUAUUCAUUUUCAUUUUUGACACUAACAUCAACUUAGCAUUUUAAUUAAUCCUUCAACGCUCCAGCACUUUCAUUGUUUAUUAAACUCUAAAAUUCCUGGAACAUUCAAAUCAGCUGAAAUGGAAAACAUCACGAUGCACGCAGGACGGAACGUAUCCUUGGCAUUGGCACAGAAACACGAUUUCAACCCAUGGACUGUGCCUGAUGACUACACCGUUUACAAAUUUGCUCCCGAUUACGUCAAGCCGCUCCUGCAUCCUCACUGGCAGACCCAAAAGGCCGUUCACCCCAUUUACGCUUAUUUCUUUGGAAUGUACUACUUGGUCAUGGGAUCCUGCGCCAUCUUUGGAAAUAUUCUCGUCCUGAAAAUCUUCAGCCGCUACAAGUCACUGAGGACGCCGGCCAACAUGCUGGUGAUGAAUUUGGCCAUUUCCGACCUUCUCCUCAUGUUCUCCCUCAUUCCGGAAGCUGUUUACAACUUCUUUUGUGGUGGACCGUGGCAAUUUGGAGAUCUCGGCUGUCAGAUUCACGCUUUCUGUGGAGCGUUUUUUGGAUACAGUCAAAUUACCACAUUGACCAUCAUCAGCUGGGACCGUUACAAUGUUAUCGUUAAUGGACUAAAGGGAACUCCAUUGUCAUUCGCCAAAGCCGCUAGUUUAAUUUUAUUCAACUGGAUCUGGUCAUUUGGCUGGGCCCUUGCGCCCCUUGUCGGAUGGGGCCUUUUCGCUUUGGAUGGAAUGUUGGGAACGUGUUCCUUUGACUCUUACACGACGACUAUGAACCACAAGAGCUACAUCCUUGCGUCUUGUUUCUUCCAGUACGGUGGCCCCAUUAUUGUUAUUGUCGGCUGUUAUUUCUUCAUCGUCAAGGCCGUGUUCCAUCACGAAGAAGAAUUACGUCAACAAGCAAAAAAGAUGAAUGUGACAUCGCUGAGGAACAACGCCGAGCAAGACGCCGUUACGGCCGAAAUGCGCAUCGCCAAGAUCGCCAUCAUCAACAUCACGCUCUGGAUUUUCGCCUGGACUCCAUUCACGGCUAUUUCUAUGAUUGGCACAUGGAUCAGUCCGACUUACAUAACCGCACUGGUGUCCGAGGUUCCAAUCGUUUGCGCCAAAACUUCUGCCGUCUACAACCCAAUCAUCUACGCCCUAUCCCAUCCAAAGUACCGCGAAUGUCUGAAGGAAAUCUGCCCGUGGCUUUGCAUCGUCAUUGAAAAAAAGAAAGGUCCGAAUCAUUCGUCCGACAGCGAUUCGGCCAAAACCAGCGCCACUGACUCCGCUUAAGUUAUACAUAAAUGGAUGAUUUCGUUCCUUUCCAGCUCUCUUAUGGUUUUCAGUUGUCCUUUUCUAUUGGUUAAUGAUUUCUCACUUAAAAUUAUUAUUUCAAUAAUUGUCCUUCGAAUAUCUACAUCGUUUCACCGGACUGGACAUUCUGCUCUCAACAAGGCUGACGACUUUUGGAAUUCAGAGAGAUAAAAUCGCCGAAGCUUUUAUAUCUUCUCGAUAACUUUUAGUAGGCCUAGUUCUGGUAGUCCCAUUUCACCCAGCAUUUAAGAACAGUCGACUAAACACCGAAUGUCAAAAUCAAACUAUAUAAGGUAGUGCUAUUCGGAUGUUAGGACAACCUCUAUAUAGAUAACAAAAAAAAAUAUAGUAUUUAGUGCAGCAUAUAUAACAAUUAGAUUUGAAUUUGGAAGAAUUAGAUUUGGUACUGUAUAUAUUACAGUGCACUGCAACUAGUAACAAUAGCACGUUAAAUAAUGACUGUUGUGUAACCUUUUCAACGAUGUUAUAUGUAAACCGCAGUAUAUGUAUAUCUGAAUUGCGAUAUUAUAUUACAUCAAGCUAUGCAUGAAA